AUGGCUUCAGCUACUUCGUCUUCCGCUGCCACAAUAUCUUCUAACAUCAAUUCUGUGCCCAUGCUUAAUGGGACUAAUUUCAAGGAAUGGAAAAGGCACUUGAUGAUAGUGCUUGGCUGUAUGGAAUUAGACCUUGCACUUAGGGCGGAACAACCCGCACCUCUCACUGCAGACAGCGCCCCUGAUGAUAAAAGGGAUUUUGAGAGGGGUCCAGAUUCUGAGGAGAUUACUAGUGCUAAAGAUUUCCUUGACGAAAUUGAACAACGUUUUGCGAAAAACGAUAAGGUUGAAAUGACAUCACUUCUGACUUCUUUGAUGUCUAUGAAGUAUAAGGGUCAAGGAAAUGUAAGGGAGUACAUUAUGGAGAUGUUUCAUCUUGGUUCAAAACUCAAGGCACUUAAGAUUGAGCUUUCUGAGGAAUUGCUCGUUCUUAUGAGGAAGAAAGGUUGA